CGUAGCUUCGUUAACGUUUGCCAGUAACUAACUAACUAACUAGCUAACUAAACUGGUUAACGGCUGGUUAGCUCAUUAGCCAGCCAACGUUGAUGUGUGCUACCAGGCUAACGGUCGUGUUAACGGUAACGAGUAUGGGAACCAAGUUAGCUCGGAGAAAAAACGAUGUUCUUGUCGCUUCCUCGUGAGGCUCUCCUCCAUGGCGAUGGUGUGUCUGGUUACAGGCGUGUCCUGUCAGGUUGAUUGCCAGUAAAGCGUCCCUAUGAUGGAGGAGCUUCACGACGUCCAGCUGACUGAGAUCAAACCGCUCCUGACAGGACAGAAUGGGAGAAAUCUCCAAGACUUUGACUGUCAGGAGCACGAUGUGGAGACAGCCCAUGGUGUGCUGCACGUUACCAUGAGGGGAGUUGCUAAGGGCAACCGACCCACAAUCCUCACCUACCAUGACAUCGGACUCAAUCAUAAGUCUUGUUUCAACAGCCUGUUCAACUACGAGGACAUGCAGGAAGUGACACAGCACUUCUCAGUCCUGCAUGUUGAUGCUCCGGGACAGCAGGAGAACGCUCCUGUAUUCCCCACCGGGUACCAGUACCCCUCCAUGGAUGAGCUGGCUGAGAUGCUGCCGUCUGUCCUGACACAGCUUCAAGUGAAGAGUGUGAUUGGUAUCGGCGUUGGAGCUGGAGCCUACAUCCUCACCAAACUGGCUCUGAAUGAACCCAGUCUGGUGGAGGGUUUAGUUCUGAUCAACAUCGACCCCUGUGCCAAGGGCUGGAUGGACUGGGCUGCCUCUAAGCUGAGCGGCUGGACGAGCAACCUGGUGGACACGAUCAUGGGACAUCACUUCAGUGCUGAAGAGUUAACAGAGAAUCAGGAGAUCAUCCAGACGUACAGACUCCACAUCUCUCAGGACAUACCGCAGGACAACUUGGCCAUGUUCUACAGCAGCUACGACAGCCGUACUGAGUUGCAGAUGGAGCGGCCGGUCCCUGGGUUGAAUGAAAACACGGUCAUCACACUCAGGUGUCCUACUCUGCUGGUAGUUGGAGACACGUCGCCUGCUGUUGAUGUCGUGGUUGAAUGUAACUCCAGACUGAAUCCUACUAAGACCACCCUGCUCAAGAUGGCAGACUGUGGAGGACUUCCUCAGGUGGUGCAGCCUGGAAAACUAGCAGAGGCCUUCAAGUAUUUUGUCCAGGGGAUGGGCUACAUCCCUCAUGUUGUAUUAAACCACCUCAGCAGCCAAUCAGUGCCCACAGCUGGUAUGACCCGGCUGGUUCGCUCCAGGACUCACUCGGCCUCCAGCGUGGGCUCCACAGACGGCAUCCGGAGCCGCAGUGCCACCAACACACUGCCAGAGGGCGCUAACUCCACCAGCCCCGAGCACACGGCCGCACAAACCAUCGAGAUGACUGCGUAGGACUCUCCCUGCUCCGUCUGCUCUGUCUCUACUCUCUGACUCUCCUUCCUUUCCUCUCCUCAGAUGCUGUGUGCACUCAGAACUUUCCUCUGUCUAAGACGCAGCCCAACAGUUCUAGUUCUAGUUAACAUUCUUCCCAAAGAGAUCAGAACGGUCACAUCUUACAUCCCACACAGUAGAGCCGACUGUUGUCAGAAACGUUAGGUGUCAGCGGCAGCCAUGUUGGCUCCACUCUCCUGUACUCUUUAGGAUGAUGGUGUCAGUUCAGAUUUCACCCCCUCCUCCCUGGAGCCAUGUGGUUGCCAUGGUGACUGUAGAUGUAACUGUACAUGGAUUUGAGCUGGUUCAUAUUUAUAUUCAGUUGUGUUGUGUUUCUACAGUAGACUGUUCAGACCAGAUCAACAUUUCUCUUCCUUUAGUUUGGUCCUGAGCUCUUCUUUCUAUUAUUACGCUCUUAUUAUAUUCAUUAUUAUUUUGUAAUGACUCGUUGAUGGUGGUGGUGUUGGUUGCUAAGAAGCUUGUUUCCCAGAUGAUGAACUCUUUUCCUACCCUUCAAAUUACAAUGAAUUUAAGGGAAUAUUUCACCAAUAAUGUAGGCGCACUUAACACUCCGACCCUGGAAUACCUGACAAAAGAUCUAUGAGUAACCAGAAGACUGAUGGAAGAACUAUUUGACAACUUCAGAUUAUAGAAAUCAUGUAGUAUCACAGUAUGGACCCACUUUGUGCUCCUAAGCUCAGCAAUGUAUUCAAAAAAUAAAAAAUAAUUGCCACAAAAUAAGCAGGACAUGUAAUUACAGGCUACUCAGAGAAGAGUAAAGACAAAACAUCUGUUGUGUUGUGGAUGUGAUAUGUUCUCAUCCAGGUGUUGGACGAGUGUUUAGCCUCUUUUCCACCAAACCAGCUGUUCUUGAACCGGUUCUUUUUCCAGUUUCUCAGAACUUUAUCAGUAUCUCGUGAACCAGCUCACGUUUCCACCAGUUUUGAGACGAUUAAAUAAUUUAAAUAAUUAUUUUACUGUAAUUUAAUGACUUAAUUUAAUCACUAAUUUCUGGGGCCGUUCUUCCCAGUAAAAGUUAACAAAUCACCCACUGAGUGAAACCAUCGUAAUCAAGCGUGUUUAAUAAAUAAAUGACCUGUAGAAAACAAAGUUUCUGCUCCUGGACACAAAACCUGCUCGUUUCUUGAUUCCAGCCGGGAAACAACUUUUCGGGUUCUGAACCAAACUUUAAGUCCAGACAAACCGAAAUGUAACCAGUUCCAUGUUGGUGUAAAAGGGGAAAUUAAGGACUCCUGUCACACCUUCAGAACGACCAUGUUGAUGUUUUAAAGAAAAAAAAAACUAAAGCUUAAUUUAGUGAUUUGGUUUUAAUGUUAAUGCACUAGAGGCACAAAGUAUGUUUCUUCACAUUUGAGCUCUUGUAAUCAUUUUCCUCUGUCAGCCACACUCGUCACUGUGACACAAACAUUACUGAUGAUAAAGGAAUGUGCAGGUUUUUGUCUGGUGUUCCAGGCUCCGGAUGUUGAAUCAUUGAUUUAAUGAACCAUUUUAAGGUGAAAUGUUGCCUUCUUCUCUACCUUCUUCUUGUGGAGGCGGUCCUGCGAGUGACCAGUUACCUCACAUGUUCCUUUUCUGUUACUGUAUGUGGUUUAAUUUGAGUCGAGCGUUACUGAAGCUGCCCUGCACUUUGUUCAUUGCACCCGUCAGCAUGCUCGUCGUGGAGUUUUGGCAUGCAAACGUUACCGUGGUAUCAGUCUGGUGAGUAGCUGAGAUGUUGUGCAGCUGUACACCUGCCUCUCGUCAACUCAGAGACAGAAAGACAAACACCUCCACAGAUAAAUAAGAGAAGAUAAAACUGAAUUUUUCCCAUGUGGUGUUGCAGUUACAGCUGCACUUCUCUGUAAUAACUUUUAUAAAAAGCGUCCUGUUCUCUGGUGUGAUGCUGCCCCUGCUGGAGGCCUAGAGAACAGCUCCCAGAGCAGGAAGGAAAUCCUGGUUUGUCAGCAGCUUUCAGAAGCAUUGAAACACGUCCAGACUGACAGGGUCGACUCACAAACUGUAUCUCUGGUUCACACACAGUCAAAUAUUUAGUUAUUUUAUGCUAUAUAUACUAACUGUAAUUCUGCUGUCUGUUAUUGUUAUUAAUAUUUAUUACACUAUUACUUUGAGUUUGUACUGAAACACUGGUAGCUGUUCUGUUGCUCUGACGUUUGUUGUUCCCCCGACUUUUAAUGUAAACAAGGUUUGUAAUGAAAUAAAGCUCUUUAUCCAAAAAGG